ACAAUCAACAUGGCUCAAACUUUUAAUUUAGAAAUGAAAAAUAUGGAGGCAUUGAACCGUCAAUUGUCAAAAUUUGUCCAUUCAAAACCUCAUGUGUUACGUCAUGGCACCCAAAAGCGACUUUUAACACGUGAAGAAAUACUUGCUCUAACUGAUGCUGGAGUUGCAUUUAUUGAAGGAAAAUAUCAAUCAGCAAUUGUUCAAUAUAAAAAAUGUCUUUUAUUAAAUACAAAAUACAGUGAUAAUGACAAUGAACCAACAAAAUUAACAGUUGUUGUGUCAUAUUUAAUAAGUAAAUGUCUUCUCCAUUCAAAUGAAUUUCAAGAUCUUCUUGAAGCCAGAACAAUAUUAACUGAGCUUGAAGAAACUGUUGGUGAUAUUUAUCCAAUGAUAUAUUAUGGUUUUGCUAAAUUAUUAACAACACUAUAUUGUUUUAAUGAUGCUGAAAAAAUUAUUAUAAAAGGUUUUGGAAUAAUAAAUGAUGAGACAUAUUUACAAGAUUUAAAUAUACCACAACAUGAUGACAUUAUAGCAGAAUCACAAAUUAAAACAUUAACAGAAUUAUUAUCAGAUUUAAAAAAAACUGUUGACAGUUGGCAUCCACCAGAUGCCAAAUGUAUAAUGUCAAAUUGUAAUGAAACACAAUCACAAAAUCAUUUAACUGGUAAAAAUAUUUAUUUUAACAGUCCAGCAUUUAAUGGAUUUAUCAAAGUAAUAUGUAAUAAUAUUCAUUAUCCAUGUAAAAUGAUAUUUCAUAUUGCAUGUUGGAAAAAUAAAAAAGAUAUGCUAUCACCAGAUAAAAAAUUAUCUGAUAAAGAUAUGUUGAGUUGGAAUUGUCUAACACCAAAUUGUAAAUUCUACAAUAAACCAUGUUUAAUUAAUAAAAUAUGUGUCUAUGGUGAUGAUGCUAAUCUAAAAUCAGUUACUGAAACAACCAUUGAUAAAUUACAUUGGCAACCACAUCAUCAUCAUAAUCAAAAUCAUCAACAACAACAACAACAACACCAACAGAAUGUAUCAAAAGGUGCAAUACGUAAACAACCACAACAACAAAAAACAAAAAAUCACAAUAAUAAUAAUAAUUCACAAAAAACAAUAAAAGGUCAUAAACAAUUAUCAACAACAAUAAAUAAACAAGAAAAUACAACAAUACAAAAAAAUGAAUCAAAUAAUGUUAGUGAUGAUAAUGAUGACGAUUUGUUAUAUCAUGAUACUGAGCAACAUUCAAAAAAAGAAGAAGAAGAAAAAGAAGCAGAAGAAAAAAAAGAAGAAGAAGAAGAAGAAGAAACAAUAGAAGAAGAGAUAUUGGAUAAUGUUUCUGAUUCGGAAAAAAUAAAAUCAUUUAUUUAUACUUGGUUUAUUGAGUGUUUGACUGAAAGUGGUCCAAUGAAAGAUGAUGAUCUUAUGGGAAGAUGGCAAGAAGCUAUGAGUUUAAUUGGAGAUUCAGCUGAAUUAUUAAGUGAGUAUGAUAAUGUUGAUAAAGUUAAAAGAUUUUUGAGUAAUAAAACAACAGGUAUUGUUGUGUAUGCGGAAUAUAUUUGUACUGUUGAUAAUAUUGCUGAAGCAAUUGUCAUGUCGAGGAAAGACGUUGAUGAUGAUGAUGAUGAUUAUGAUGGUGAUAGUGAUGAUGAUAGUGAAGAUGAUGAUGGUAGUUAUGAUUAUGAAUCAAGCUCAGAAGAAGCAGGUGACAGUGAUGAUAAUGAUGAUUAUAAAGACACCGAGAAAAAUGAUGAAAUAUCAAGUCAAUUAAAUUUGCAUGAACAACCAAUUUGUAAUGGAAAAAAAACACCAGUUGAUGAAGAAUUACAAACAUCGUUAAUAAAUAAACAAACAAAUUUUGAUUUAAAUAAUAACGAUGAGAGUAAUCAAAUUGUUUCGAAUGAAAAAAAAACCAAUGUAUUAACAAAUGGUCAUAAAUUUACAAAAUCUCAUGUUUUAAUUCAUGAAUUUUUGCCUAAUGAAUCAAUGACUGCUGAUAAAGAUACACAAGUUAAUAUUCAAAAUAACGAGACAAAUAUGUUGAAUAAUAAAAUAAACAGAUUAAAUCGUGAAUUAUCAUCAUGCAGACAAGAAUUGUUAAUAACAAAAAGAAAGCUAUAUAAUGAAAAAAUGAAUAAUUUACAAUAUACCAUACACAAUGAAUAUACUGAUAAAAAAACAUACAUCAAAGAAAAACUUAAAAAGUACAAUGAUGAAUGUUCAAUAAUUGAAAAACUUUUAGAUAUUGAAAAGAAUAUAUUUGGUAGUAAUGAUGAAUCAUUGAUUGAUCGUGCUCUUUGGAUUGAUUCCAUCAAAAAAAUACAUCAAAUAUCAACAAAACUUGAUUCUGAUUAUGCUGAUUUAUAUGCACAAUUAAAAUUAGAUAAUACAUUUGAAAAAAAUAAAAAAUAUGUUCGUUUAAAUAUUCAAGGUAUGAAUGAUUUAAUACAUCAAAAUAUACCUGAGUUGAUACAAAAUAUAUUUGACAAAUGUUACGAUGAAAUUGAUAGAAAAUAUCAAUUAAUGAUGGAACAAAAAUCAACGCAAUUAUCACGGGUUAUUAAUCAACAAGUGUGGUAUCCAACAUCUCAACGACAACCUGUACCAGGACUAUGGGGAAUAAAUCCACCAGAAAUUAUUCCAUCACAAAAUCACCAAGCUCAUCCACAGUGGAUACGUUGGACGAAUAAUUCACCAACUUAUCCACAAAUAGUAUCACCAUCUGAAACUCGUUAUUUAAAACAAGUUACACCACCACCACCACCACCAUCUCCUCUGCCAUUUGUCAAACAACAACCAUCAUCAUCAUCGUCAUCAUAUUCACAAUCAUAUUAUACACCACCAUUUCAAUAUUAUCCAAAACCACCUUGUCCAGUUCAUUUUCCAACAAUACGUUCUACUAUUGAUGCUUCAUGUUCACCAAUAAAAUCAACAACAACAAAACCAAUUGUUACUGAUCCAUUAAAUGGUGAAGAAAUUAAGCAAGAUGAAUUAACAAUUGUUACUCCAACAAAGCUAUCACCAUUAUCAUCACCUUUUCAACAUUCACCACCAGAUUGGGUUAAAAAUGUUACUGAUAAAUAUUUAAAUGGUCUAGAAGAUUCGGAAAUUGAAACAUUAAAAAAUAAUUGUAUUAAUAAUGAUCCAAUGCCGUCAAUUCAAGAUGUUGCAGAAAAUAAUAAAGCAGUUGCAGCUAUGUUGGUUGAUGGAAUAAUUAAACGUUUAUUAGGAAAUAAUAAUAAUAAUAAUAAUACUCAAGGAAUAAUAAAUGAAGAAAAUAUUCCAAAUGAUGAUAAUAAUAAUAAUAAUAUAACAUGUUCCAAUGAUGAUGAACAUAAUGAAUUACAAGAAAAUAAAAAUAAAAGUCAUGCUUUGAGUUUGUCGUCUUCCAAUGAGCAUGUUAUCAAAGAAUCAACUGAUGAUACUGGUAAACCAAAUGGUUUUAUCAGUAUAAAUUCAUGUUCUCAAUCAUCAGUAUCAUCAAUAAAUGGUGAUUCAAGUUACGUAAAAUCAUAUGGACAUGAGUAUUGCAAUGAUACAAUUGAACCAACAUCAGCUAAUUCAAUAUCACCACAUGACGAUGAAAUUAUUGAAAAUAAUUAUAUCACUUGUGAUAAAUUAUUAAAAAUACUUUGUGAUGAACAUCCAGAUAUUUUAGAAUGUGAUAUUAAAAGUGCUCUUGAUGUAGUACGUGACAGUUAUGAUGGAUCAUUAACUGGAGUGUCAUUAAAUAGUAUUGUAUUAGAAGUUGAUCAAGUUAUUCAUCAACGUAAAGAAUUACAAAUUAUUAAUUAUGAUAAUGAUAAUAAUGAUAAUGGCAAUGAAGAAGAUGAUGAUGAUGAUGAUGAUGAUGAUGAUGAUGAAGAUGGAGAUGAUGAAGAAGAAGAUGAAGAUGAAGAAGAAAUAUCAAAUUAUUAUAAAAAUUCAACCAGACGAUACUCACCAGUAAAACUUGUAGCAAGUGAUCUAGCUGAAUCGGCCUCUUCUAUAAAUGGUGAUUAUAAACCAGAAUGUCUUUGGGAUAUGGGUCCACCAUCAUCGUUAGUCAAAAUAAAUAAAAAACAAAUAACUGAUGAUGAAAUUAAAAAAAGACUUGAUGAAUUACGUAAAACAAAACCAUUGGGUGAUUAUUUUUGGGAUAUUGAUGAACCAUCAACAUUUGCAUCAGUGGUAACAUCUUCACUAAAAAAACAGAACACUUUAAAUACAAGUAUUAAUCAACCAAGUACAAGUAUUAAUCAACCAAGUACAAGUAUUAGUCAACCAAGUACAAGUACAAAUACAAAUUUUAAUAGUGAAAUAGAACAAGAAGAAAAGCAACAACAACAACAAUUCCAAGAAUCAAAUUUAAGUUGGAGAAAUAGAUCAUCAUCGCCACCACCAAGAAAAUUUUCAUCAUAUUCAAGUCCUUCAAGAUGGUCAAUUCCACCAAGAUUUCAACGUAUUGUAGAUGAAAAAAAAAGAGAAUCACUUGCUAGAGACAAAAAUAAACCAUCAUCUGGUGAAAAAUUAUUAAAUUAUCUACGUACAAAAUAUCCUUUAAGAUUGGAAUAUGAUUUUCAUGUUGCAAUUGCAGCUGUUCGUAAAAAUUAUAAUGGAUCAUUAAGUGGUAAAUUAUUUUCAAAAAUUAUACGUGAUGUUGAAAGAAAUUUGGUUCAUCGUGAAAAAGCACAACUUGAUGAUUAUAGUUCAACUGGUCAAAGUGCAUUGUUAUCAAGUCAAAAACAAAGAACAAAUUCAUUCAAAUCAUCAGCAUCAACUGAGCCAAUACCUUCAUUAUUUUCACUACCAUCAAGUCAAAAACAAAGAACAAAUUCAUUGAAAUCAUCAACAUCAACUGAACCAAUACCUUCAUUACUUUCACUACCAUUACCACCACCGACAACAUCAGCAGCAGCAGCAGUAGCAUCAACAUCAGCAACAGCAUCAGCAACAGCAACACCACGUCGUGAAUAUCAUGCUAUUAUGAAUCCAUGGCGUAAACCAAAAGAAGUUGAUGUAAAAAUAAUAACAGGUGAAUGUCCAAUUUGUAUGGAAGAAUUUACAAGUGAAAAAAAUGAUGUGUGUGAACUUGCUCCUUGUCUUCAUACAUUCCAUCGUCAUUGUAUCGAGUAUUGGUACAAACACAACAAGACAUGUCCAACAUGUAGACUCAAUUCUGCACUCGACGAAUUUCCUCCAUUAGCUUAAUAAUCAAACUGUCUUCUCUUUAUUAUUAGUUAAUUAAAAAUUUAAA